GAAAGGUUGGACGCUGCUUGCUUGUGGUGGUAUGGUCGACUCAGAUGCGUUACUUACGUUAAAAAGGUGUAAAUUAUCUUCUACCUAAAAUAAUGGAAAACUCCAGUGACGACUACAGAAUCCAGUCAUUUGACCCGGACUCACAGAUAUUACUGAAAACUGCCUUGAAAGACCCUAGUUCCGUGAACCUGGAGGUCGUGUCCAACAUCAUUGUGGAUCAGUCCUUAAAGGAUGCUGCGUUCUGCAAAGAGUCUGGACGGAUUUGUUACACGAUUGUGCAGGCUGAGGCCAACCAAAACGGUGGAAAUGUUUUCAGAAAGCACCUGUUGAACCGACUGCAGCAGGAGUUUAACCCGCGUGAAGAGACGAGGACGCGCUCGCUGCAGGAGUGGGUGUGCUUCGUCACCUUCAUCUGUAACAUCUUCGACUACCUCAAGGUGAACAACAUGCCGAUGGUGGCGCUGGUCCAUCCCGUGUACGACUGUCUCAUGAGGCUGGCCCAACCAGACGCUUUAAUGAACGAGGAAGAGGUGGACUGCCUGGUGCUGCAGCUGCAUCGUAUUGGAGAGCAGCUGGAGAAGGCGAACAGCCAGCGGAUGGACGAGCUGUUCUUCCUGCUGCGGGACGGUUUCCUCCUACAGGACGGCCUCGCCUCCAUGGCCCGUCUGUUGCUGCUGGAGAUCUUAGAGUUUCGAGCCGGAGGCUGGGUGCUCAGCAACACAGCCCACAAGUAUUACUACAGUGAAAUCGCUGACUGAGCCAG